AUGAAAAAAUUAAAUGAAAUUCGGAACGUGAUCUCGUUGUUCACGUUGCAGCUUUUGCUUCAUCUCGUUGUUCACGUUGCAGCUUUUGCUUCAUCUCGUUGUUCACGUUGCAGCUUUUGCUUCAUCUCGUUGUUCACAUUGCAGCUUUUGCCUCAUCUCGUUGUUCACAUUGCAGCUUUUGCUUCAUCUCGUUGUUCACGUUGCAGCUUUUGCUUCAUCUCGUUGUUCACGUUGCAGCUUUUGCUUCAUCUCGUUGUUCACAUUGCAGCUUUUGCUUCAUCUCGUUGUUCACAUUGCAGCUUUUGCUUCAUCUCGUUGUUCACGUUGCAGCUUUUGCUUCAUCUCGUUGUUCACGUUGCAGCUUUUGCUUCAUCUCGUUGUUCACAUUGCAGCUUUUGCUUCAUCUCGUUGUUCACAUUGCAGCUUUUGCUUCAUCUCGUUGUUCACGUUGCAGCUUUUGCUUCAUCUCGUUGUUCACGUUGCAGCUUUUGCUUCAUCUCGUUGUUCACAUUGCAGCUUUUGCUUCAUCUCGUUGUUCACAUUGCAGCUUUUGCUUCAUCUCGUUGUUCACGUUGCAGCUUUUGCUUCAUCUCGUUGUUCACGUUGCAGCUUUUGCUUCAUCUCGUUGUUCACAUUGCAGCUUUUGCUUCAUCUCGUUGUUCACGUUGCAGCUUUUGCUUCAUCUCGUUGUUCACGUUGCAGCUUUUGCUUCAUCUCGUUGUUCACGUUGCAGCUUUUGCUUCAUCUCGUUGUUCACGUUGCAGCUUUUGCUUCAUCUCGUUGUUCACGUUGCAGCUUUUGCUUCAUCUCGUUGUUCACGUUGCAGCUUUUGCUUCAUCUCGUUGUUCACGUUGCAGCUUUUGCUUCAUCUCGUUGUUCACGUUGCAGCUUUUGCUUCAUCUCGUUGUUCACGUUGCAGCUUUUGCUUCAUCUCGUUGUUCACGUUGCAGCUUUUGCUUCAUCUCGUUGUUCACGUUGCAGCUUUUGCUUGAUCUCGUUCUUCACGUUGCAGAUUUUGCUUGA